GUCUAUAACUCCUACCACAACAUUCGCCGUGCCGGUGGCGUCGAAAUGAAAGGCCUGAAAGUUAACAGCAUACAGCGUCGCCCAAUGCUCCAGGCGCCAAUCACAGAAGAGUACCGCUUUGUUCCUUACAUGGAUAAUGAGGUCGCCAGUCGCGAGCGCGAGAAAGUUUGGCGAGAGUACGCCGACGUGUGUUCCCGCAUCAGCCAACGCGUCAUGGAGAACAUCGAAGACAAGGAAAGCCAUUCCAACAAAGCUUUGCACAACUUCACCGAUGUACCAGAAGAAGUUCUGAACCGGUACAUUGAGAACAUUCCGUCGAAUCAAGGCCUACUCCAGCUACUCGUUACCGCGCAAAAAGAAGCCAACGGCAAUGCAUCACUGGCUUCCACGAUGAAAUCGGCACUACUCUCAUCCAAGACAACUCUCGAGGAUGAUAUUCUGAACACCGCCAUCCUAGAAGAGGACCCCCUGAGAUUUGUCCUUGACGUAGUGCUCGAAAAUACAAGCUCCAAGAAACUUCGUGUGCUAGAGUUUGCGGAUAAAGAGAGUGUCACAGCCAUUGGUCCAAGGGUGUCUGCUCUUCUGUCCAUGUACGAUGUGCACCUCAAGACUGAAUAUACUUUCGCGCACCUCAACCCAGACGGCCUUGCACCGGAACAAGUCCCCGAAGGAAAAGUAUUGGUCGCACAGGAUCAACCUUCGGUCUCUGGCUCAGAAGCGCUGCCCGAUGCUGACUUGGUGAUUGCUUUCUGUGGCGUCAUGAGUUCCUCUGUUGACUUGGAUAUUUUGGCUGAAAACGUGGUCUCGAAAUGCAAAGAAAAGGCCUUCGUUCUUAUCUGCCACCGUACAGCACUGACCGUGGCAGAGGAACUCCUGUCGAGAGUGAGCGGUGUUCCCUUUCCAGUUUACUCUGUGAAGGCAACGAAUGCAGCUCUUACGUCUCGAGGUUUUCGAUUGGUGGCACAAAAGUCGAAUAACAUAUCGACGCUUCUUUUGUUCAGGAAAGUUACCGUGGCCGUCGACGCUACCAAGCAGGUGGUUGUCAGGGUGCAGAAUGAAAGCUUCAGAUGGGUCGAGUCUCUGAAGGAAAAGGCUGUCGAACACGACAAGACAACUGCAGAAAACAUCUGGCUGCUCGCAGAAGACGCCGGUAACAGUGGCGUCCUGGGUUUAACCAACUGCCUUAGAAAGGAUAUGAGUGGGCGUCACAUUCGGUGCGUUUUUGACGCCAAUGGGAAAGGUUCCAACAGCGUAUCCAACUUCAACCCCUCCAACCCUGCCUAUAAAGACAUAAUAGAGAAGGACCUGGUCAUGAACGUCUACCGCGACGGACAGUGGGGAUCCUAUAGGCACCAUGCCGUCCAGUGGUGCGGGGAAGCGAAGGCGACCACGCAAUUCGCUUACCUCAACGUCCAGACGCGCGGGGACCUGUCGAGCCUCCAAUGGUACGAGUCCUCGCUGGGCUAUCUCUCCCCUUGUGAGAAAGUUGGGCCCGAGGGACUGUUCGUCGACGUAUACUACGCGGCUAUCAACUUCCGUGACGUCAUGCUUGCCAGCGGAAAAGUUAACAUGGACACGGCACGUGGUGACAGCGUCGCAGAGGAAGCCUUCCUCGGCAUGGAAUAUUCAGGCCGCGACUGGAACGGACGGCGUGUCAUGGGAAUGGUCAACGGCAAGGGCAUCGCAACUGCGCUCGCUGCAGACCCGAUCAUGAUGUGGGAUAUUCCCGAAUCCUGGACCAUGGAAGAGGCUGCUACUGUGCCCGUGGCGUACUCGACUGUAUACUACGCACUGGUGGUACGCGCCGACAUGCAGCCUGGGGAGUCGCUCCUAGUACACAGUGGCAGCGGAGGCGUCGGACAAGCCGCAAUCACAAUUGCUCUUUCUAUGGGCUGCACCGUCUUUACCACUGUGGGAUCUCAGGAGAAGAGAGAAUUUCUCAAGCGGCGCUUUCCAGUGUUAAAAGACCGAAACUUUGCAAACUCACGAGACCUGUCCUUCGAAGAACACAUCAUGUGCGAAACUAAAGGCCGGGGUGUGGAUCUGGUGUUGAACUCGUUGUCCGAAGAGAAGCUGCAGGCCAGCGUGCGCUGCUUGGCCACGCAUGGCCGCUUCGUGGAAAUCGGAAAGUUCGACCUGUUCGAGAACAACAACCUGGGCAUGUCCGUGUUCCUCCAAGAUGUCAACUUCCACGGGGUCAUGUUGGACAGCUUCCUGCUCCCUAACUCGGCUGCUGUGGCUCACAAGCACCGUGUCGCAGAGCUUCUCCGGGAGGGAAUAAAAUCUGGAGUUGUGCAGCCGCUGGAUGUCACCAUGUUCACCCGAGAGCAGACCGAGCAGGCGUUCCGCUUUAUUGCCUCGGGGAAACACAUAGGCAAGGUCGUGAUCCAGAUGCGGCCGGAAGAGAACGCUCGCACGACUCGCGCGCCCCCGUUGACACUAGAAGCAGUGGCGCGUCCCUGCUUCUAUCGACACAAGUCUUACGUGAUUGUCGGUGGCCUUGGCGGCUUCGGUCUGGAACUCGCCGAAUGGAUGGUCUCACGUGGCUGCCGCAACCUUGUCCUGGUGUCACGAAGCGGUGUGCGUACGGGGUACCAGAAGCUUUGUCUUCAGCGGUGGAGUGUCCUGGGAGCCACAGUGCUCGUCAGUAACGACGAAGUCUCGAAGGAGGAAGGUGCUCGCAAGAUUAUCGAGGCUGCGGCUGCCAUGGGACCUGUGGGCGGGAUUUUCAACUUGGCCAUGGUUCUACGCGACGCCUUGAUCGAGAACCAGUCGUCCGAGAUGUACGCGGAUGUGUGCAAGCCAAAAGUUCUGGGUACUCAGUGCCUCGACGACGUGUCGCGAAGUGGUUGUCCCGAGCUCGACCACUUCGUCGUCUUCUCCUCCGUCGCUUGUGGUCGUGGAAACGUUGGCCAGACAAACUACGGCUUCGCGAACUCCGUCAUGGAGCGUCUUUGUGAGCGCCGAGUCGCGGACGGACUCCCCGGGUUGGCCAUACAGUGGGGUCCCAUCGGAGAUGUUGGUGUAGUCCACGAUGUCAUGGGCGCUGACGUGACAGUUGCUGGACUUAUGCCACAGCCGAUAAAUUCUUGUUUGGCGGUGUUGGACUACUUUCUGAGCCAAAACCACCCCGUCGUCUCGUGCUUUGUCAAGAGCAGCCCGUCUUCAACUUUAGACAACAGGGACAAACGAGAUCUUGCUCAGAGCGUGCUUCACAUACUUGGGAUCAAAGACACAUCGAAGAUGAACCCGACCAUCAGCCUCGGCGAGCUGGGCAUCGACUCCUUGAUGAGCAUCGAGGUGAAGCAGCUGCUGGAGCGAGACUACGACGUUACCCUGACUGUGCAAGAAAUCCAGCAGCUUAGCAUCAGUCAGCUAAGAGAGAUCAGCGAAGCCUGCAGCCACAAUUCGCCCGUGUCUGGCACCUCGGGUCCGGCCGAAGAAGGACAAGUAUCACCUCGUGCCCCCUUGAUAGCAUCAAGGCUCAACGCCUGCAACGUCGCUGGCGGCGCUAAUCACGCUACCAUUGUUAUCUGGAACGGAGUGAUUGAAUACAAGGAGGUGGAUGGCUUUUACGAAGACCUCAUCAUAGCCAUGAGCACCAACGUGAAGCUCUCAUGA